AUGUUCCAUAGCAACAUCCAGGCCCCCGUCCAUCCGACUGGAAACCCCGCGCCUGGCGACGAACCUCAGCUCCCCCGCGGAGAAUGCGGCUUCAUCCUCCCACCGUCUGAGGGGCGGGGCGCCCGCCAGCGCUGCCCCUGCCGUAGCUUCUAUCCCGAUUCUAUCAUACGCUCCCGCUGUGGGUGCGGACACCAGGCGUGGAACCAUGAGGCCCAGCCCAUCUCGACUGUGUCAACCGAGGCAUACAUACAGGCAGUAGAGCAGAUGAAGCGGCUGAAGCAGGAGGUCAAGCGCUUCGAGACGCUGGAGCAAGACUUGAAGCAGGAGCUGUUCAGGGAGCGGCUUGCUCGAGAGGAGCUGGUGCGGACCAACCAUGCAGUACAGGCACGCAUGUACGAGAACAUGCAACUUCUCAAGUUGUCUAUUGACGACCGAGUCGAGGCCGUGGUGGAUAGGACAACAGAGCUCAGUGAUCAGAUCAAGGUGCAGGGCGAGAGGCUCACCAUGGUAGACGAGUUCAGCAUGGAUUUGGAGAACAGAGUCGACCGGGUGGAGCAAUUCAGUGGCAUGUCGCGAGACGUCACGCCUGCUGCCUCGACGCCAAAAACGCGUCUGUCAACACCAAAAGCCUCGCCUGCGCCGCCAAUGCCACUGUUGAUGCAGUCAAAUCACACCCUUGGUCAGCUUCCGAUUCGAACUGAUAAGAAGUACCCACUUUCGUGGAGCGUCCGUGUCGUCUUCGUCCCACGCAAAUCGCAGAGGUUCGCGUACGAUCCGGACAGCAACGGCUACCGACGAUGUGCUUCGCGCAAGCUGCUACAAACCCUCGAAUUCCCCAGUCCGGAUAGCUCCUGUUUCGCGAAUGGCAUCGAGACUGCCUUCAAGGGCGUGUUCCGUGGCAGACCGUGGAUGCCAAUGACCGGUCAUCGCCCAGCCGACGAACCCUAUGGCCGCAUGGCGCUGACGCUCUUACCACCUGAUCUCGUUCACCGUGGUGUAUGGGAUUAUCCCUUCCUGGAGGACCACUGCAUCGCGCACGACAAAAUGCAAGGAGAUCUCCUGUACAUCACCCUGCAAUAUGAAGAUGUCACCUGGAACGAAAUCCGAUUCUUGCCUCCCGUGACCGGCAUCGACGAGACCUGUUGGGAACACGACGAGGAGCUUGACGGCACUGCCAAAUACAAGAGCUUGGACUCUGAGAUUAUGGCGCCUUCGGGGCUGGACGUCCUCGCCAACUCCGCUGCCAUGCUGAGUCCGAUCGAGCGCGCUCAGACAGCAUCAUCGGUCCGUUCUUCUAGGCUGAGCCCUCUGAGCCCUCUGCAGCGUGCGCCAACCCAGUCGUCAAGCCAUUCCAGUCAUCCGCGUUUCUCUUCCGAGCGUAGUAGCCUUCGCAGCUUCGACACGGAGACCACAGAUGACGAGCAUCGCGACAAGAAGCCCAAGCUGCGAUCGAAGCAGAGCAUGCCCAACGUCAAUGGCAACGGCCAUGCGCAGCAGCCAAUGUACGUCUCGGGUCGCUCCAAGCGUAAGAUGCCGGUCAGAGAGAAGGGACCCAAGGAGCCUCUACAUUUCAAUGUCGCUGGUGUCGCCAAGGGCGGGCUUAACUUCCUGCACCCUCGCUCCUCGAAGGGAAAGGAAGUAGCCCAUAACCCGUAA